AUCUUAUCGGUGGGGCGAAUCUUGUCGACACCCGUUUGUUUAUCUGCAGACACGCAGAUUUUUCGCAAUCUAAGUCCUAAAUUGACAAACGCACAGUAACGUUUCACACGGCAAAAUGGGUGACACGGCAAAACCGAUCGUAAAAGUUCUGAACGAGCAGACAACAGCCAGCAAAAGUGUGAUCAAAGCUACGGACUUGGCCAAAAAGCUACAGAAGACUAUGCUCAGUAUAAAGGGAGAGUGCAUAGGAGAGGACCGAGGGAUAGACUAUGACAAACUGAAGAACAGUGGGGCAUACAAAGAAUACAAGUCGGAAACUCUACAGCUACAGACUGUCAGUCUGGAUGAACUCAGUGAGAACGAGAGGAAAGCCUUCUUUAUCAACCUGUACAAUGCCCUGACCAUCCAUGGCCUGGCUGAACAAAAGACCCUCCCAAGCUCCGUCCUUGACAUUCAACAGUUCUGGAAAACCACCGCCUACAAGGUCGGGGGUCUGGUCUACAGCCUUGAUGAUAUGGAGCAUGGUGUUCUUAGGGGAAACAAAAGCCACCCAGCCUCCACCAAACCUCAGUUCUCGGAGGGGGACCCUCGAAUCAAAUAUGCCGUAAAAAAACUGGAUCCCAGGAUUCACUUUGCUCUUGUCUGUGGUGCUGUGUCCUGUCCGGCCAUCAAUGUUUACACUGCUGACAACCUGGAUAAGGCCCUUGACUCGGCUACUCGCAAUUUCUGUAAACAGGAAGUGUCCAUGUUUACAGAGGUCGAUGAAAUUUGGAUGUCUAAGAUCUUCCUGUGGUAUCGAGACGACUUCGGAGGAAAUGAUGUGGAUGUCAUUGAAUGGAUCAUGCCAUAUUUGGAAAAGGACAUACAGGAUAGGGCAGUUGUUCUCUUGUUCAAAAUCAAAAACGUUGGUAAAGUAGACAUUAAAUACAAUGAGUAUGAUUGGCGGCUGAACAAGCUGGGAGUCACGCCCAUAAUUUUGUGAUGGACAAAGGACACACCCACUUUGGUAAAGCUGAGAGCAGUGCACUGCUAGUCUUUCCAUUGUACCUCAGAGAGAUAUUUAUAUUUUUCUUUUCAGAUUGUUUCUGAUUGACCAAGUUAUACAUGUAUGACAUCAAGCACUAUUUCUUUUUCACAAUAUAAGCAUAAUAGGAAGACAAAUUGUCUUACCAUUAAUUAUCUAAAAAAGGAGUGUUCCUGUUUAUGUCAUAAAUCACACACUUGACGUUACAAAAGGCAUUCCUUAUACAGGAUGGAUCAAUGUGGUCCCAGAGAUACUGUGAUACACCUUAUUUCUGAUACAUUUGCUGUUAACAUGGAUAUUUUCAUAUCACUGAAUACUGUAGAUUCCUUAUUUUACGCAAGUACUUAAGUUAGCAAUUCCCCUGUUUUGUAUCAAUUCGCAAGAAUAUAUAUAAAAAUCGCGAACAUUGAAUUUUUAUACUAAUUUUUUAUAGUUCCCAGCUCUCAGAAAAUAAAGGCGAGAUUUUAAAAUCUGCGAAGGGUGCUUCUAUUGAUUUUACGCGGAUAUUAAUUCCUCUCGUUUCAUUAGGAAUUUACAGGAUGUGUUGUAAAUUAUGCAAAUCCUGAAUAUGCAUUGUGUUAUUUCUGCAAUUUAAAUUAGUUUUUUGCAGAAAGAAUAUGUUUAUAAAAUAAAUCCUUUUUCUUUUGUGAAUUGCCUGCUUUCAUGUAGAAGUUUCUUUGUUUACUGUCGUCUUAAUUAAAUGAGAGAAGAACCCUGCAUGUGUGGAUCCAGAGAAUUUCCUGGGGUAGAAGUGGGUUGAGCUAUAACUUGUUUGCCGGGGAAAUCAGAGCCUUAUUUUGGGGUUAUAACUUGUCAGAACCUUAUUUUGGGUUAUUAUGUCAUGUGAAUUUAACAAGUUUAAAAGUUUAAUUUUUUUUUUUUUUUUUGGGGGGGGGGGGGGGGGUAGGUAGGGGGGUCCUGCUGACCAUCCUACCCACCCAACCCCUCCCAGAUCCACCCUUGGGGUAUUUUGGUAUUUUUUUGUUUGUCUUUCUGUGUUAGAUAAAUACAGCUGUCAUAUUGUCUUCCUUUUGUCAAGUCUGGUAGUUGCAUACUUAACACUGUCUCAUUUUGAACUGCUCACAGAAUUUCCACAGACAUGCAGCUUCAUGUAGAUAGGGCAUGUACACUUUAUCAAGACUAACCAGGGAAAGAACUCUUGCCAAGACAAGAAAGUGCUAUUGUGAGCUUGUGCCAUGUUCAUACUUUUUCUCUUCUUCUUUAUACUUUGAUAACUUGAAACAUUAAAUGUAGAAAAUUUAUACUAAUACAUACCUGACUUCUGUAAGUAUUCCUGGGUACUCAAUUAAUAAAGUAAAGGUGGUGACCAGGUUCAUGUAAUGCACCUUUCCUAAAGUUACAUUUGUAUACAAUGCUUGAUGUUUUAUAGCCAAUCAAAAGGUCCAUUACAAACAGAAUUGAAUAAUGACCAAUCAAAUGUCAGUAAAUGUCAUAGGUCAGUAUAACUGUAACAAACACAAAAUCUAGAUAUGCAUUAUGACGGUGAACAUCACUCGGUUUUAUGUAAAAUUUAAGAAGUGUCACUUGGAAAUGAAAAAAGAGAGUCGGUCUCUUUAGUUGUACAAUAUCCAGAAAUAUUUACAAAGUGAUUAUACAUUAAAAAAAUCUAUCUGAAUUAUCAUAUUUUCUCCUUUGGUUAUAUUUUUGUUCAAAUCUCUAAUGCAUGUUUGUCUUCAUUUAAGUGAUAGCAUAUUUUAUAAUUAUAUUUAUUUCACUAUUAAUAACAAUGUAAAUCAUCAUUAAUUUAGAGUACAAAUUUGGAUUAACAAUGCAGUAUUUCAGUUGGGGUUUUAUUUUAAUAUUUAAUACCUGGUAUAUGUUACAAGCAUUCUUUUGCUCCAAGAAAAUGGAGAAAUUUUAUAGAAAAAAAUUGUUUGGUAAAAAUCAACUCGCUUCAAUGUCAUUUAAUUACAUGUAUAUGCAAAUAUUAAUACUAUUACAAUUGUACUUUUGUUUAUUGUAUAAUACAGUUAUAUUAUAAUAUUUACUCUUAUUGGUAUGUUUGUUUUUGCUUGCUUAUUUAUAUCUAUUUAAUGGGGAACCAAUGUAGAUACGUGUAAUUAAAAAUAAAUUGUUAUUUUUAUUGUUAAUUAAUGAUAAUUAUUAAGUUCUGUGAUUAUUGUUACUGAUUUUGAAAGUUUAUAGAAUAUGUAAUUUACAUGCUUGUGUAUGUAGAUUGUAGCAUCGGAGCACGUAGUACAUAGUAUAUAGUUAGAUACAGGUUUGUGGGUGAAAUUUUUGUUACUGUUAACGAAUAUAGCUUUUAGAUGGGAAAAAGAUGGGAUUUAAAUACCGUUAUUUAGAAACUAUAAUUUGAUUUCAUUGAAACUUCAGUUGAUUCAUAAAACAAUUAUUUGAUAGAUGAAAGAUAAAACAAAUAAUAUUAAUUUUUUAAUGUGAAUUUUCUUUGUGUAUAAAAUUUUCAUCUUUCAUAAGCACACACCAAGAUCGAGUUUGAGACCAAAAGUACUUAAGUUUAAAAUCAAAAGUAGGCCAUAUUUUUAGAGUUCUUGCUUAAAUUACAAGAACCUACAAUGGUGUAUUGGUGAAGAAGAAAUUAAUAUUUACACCAUUUAUUUACCUUCCACAAGUGUUCUACAGGAUUUGCAAUAUAUUGUUCGUGUUUGGAAUUUCUUGUUGAAAUUUUUUUUUCACAUGUAUUAAAAGUUGAGUAGAUAGAGAUUUAUGGUGUAGGUAGAACAUAUAUUGUAAUCUUUGAAAUCUUAAUUAAGAAUUGCCUAUAUUUACAGUGUUAAAGAAAGGACGUACAAUAAAGCAGGGAAAAUUUUGUAACAUAUUGUCAACAUCGCCCCUUUGAUUUUUGACAUUUUAAUUGGCUUCAUGAUGACGUAACAUCACUGGUACAGGUACAUGCAAAUAAAAGACAUUUAUAUUUCUCUGUUUGUGCUUGUUUUAUUUUUCUAUUUGUAAUAAUUUAUUUAAUACAGUUUAUUUUUGUUGAAUAUCUUGUUGAUAUAAAAUAGUCCCUUAUUUUAUUGUUAUAUCUUUUGUAAUAUAGAAAAUUAGUCAUCAGUUCAUUGUGUGACAUACUUGUCAAAUCAUCAUUCAAACAGGUUUUUUUAAGGAUUUAAUGGCAAAAUUUCAUGCCAUCUUUUGAUAAUGAAAGUGUUCUAUACAUAGUACUAUAGAAACAAUGUUAAAAAAAAAGUCUAGCUUAAAAGCUGUUAUGAUCAAAGUAUGUAGCAUAUUAAUCUAAAUAUGUAUUGACUUUUUAAAGUAUAUAAACAAUUGUAUAUUACAUGUAGUAACCAUUCUAGAAGCAAAGUGGAAUUAUAUAUCUUUUAUUUAUACAUUUAUUAAAAUUUGGAAUGCACGAAAAAUGUGUUUAUAAUUUUGUUGUUGUUAAAAACAUAGAAUCAGACUGAAAGUAAAUGUAUAUUUAAAUCCA